AUGGGACGCGGCUACACUUCUCGAGGGCGAACUUGCGUUGUCAAGACACAACAGAGUGUACCGCUGUCUGAAAAACGAUGGAGGGUGGGGUGGCUGAAGGGUGGGGCGGGGGAAGGGGAACGUGAGGAUGAGAAGACGCAGACCAUCGACUCAAAGUUCGGCACAUCAAUUUCGUCGGGCUCGCGUAGAGCGGACUUCCAUGGCUUUCCUGGCUGUCUGGAAGUUAAUUAG